AUGGUUGAGCUUCGGCUAUCUGGUUGUAGGAAAUCUGAGCAGCUUCCUCCAUUGUGCCAGUUACCAGCACUACAGCUUCUUCAUUUGGAAGGAUUGACACAGUUGCAGUUCUUGUGCAGCAGUUGUACAUCCUCCACAUUUGGAAAGCUUAAGGAUCUUAAGCUUGUUGAUCUUGAUAAUUUUGAUAGGUUUUAUGAUCAGGUAGUGCAAGAAGAGCUAGUAGCAUUUCCUCAGCUCGAGAAAUUGCAUAUUGAAGGCUGCGGAGAAUUGACAGCAUUACCAGAAGCGGGAGUGCUCAGAAAAUGGUAUGAUGGUGGAGAAUAUACAAUGGUCCGCUCAGCAUUCCCAGGAUUGAAGAGCCUCAUAUUGGAAGAUUUACCGAGCUUUGAGAGAUGGGAGGCUGCCAUUGAAAUUGAAGUAGAACAUGCACUAUUCCCUUUGCUUGAGACUAGGUCCCUGGGAGCAACUAGAUAUAUGACGUCACUGUCCAAUUUGGAACUGAGAGGAAUCGAGGUGGAUGGCAAGGACAAAUGGGACUAUAUUUCAUCUGUGACAAAUAUGCACCUUAAAUGCUGCAGUUUGUUCUUCCAAUCACAUGCACUAGCUCUAUGGGCUUGUUUUCGGCAUCUGCAAGAUCUGGAUAUCUCUUGGUCGAAUGACCUAAUCUACUGGCCGGAAAACGAGUUCCAACAUUUGGUUUCCUUGCGGAGGCUGAAAAUUGAGCUUUGCGACAGUCUGGUUGGAUAUGCUCCUGACCAGGCAACAUUAGAAAGGAGCCAACUUUUGCCCUGCCUCGAGUCUCUACGUAUAUCUGGUUGCCAUAGUCUGGUAGAGAUCUUCAACCCUACCCCUGCCCUCAAGAAGAUGGAUGUUGGAUACUGUAAAAAUCUGAAGACCAUAUCCUUCAAGCAACAGGACAAGACAUCAUUAAAUGCAGGUCGUCCUAGCACUGACGUCAUAAUGGCAUCCACUGCUGUACAGAAUUUCAUUCCAUCAUCUCUAGAAACUCUGAAAAUCGAUGAAUGCCAUGGAUUGUUAGAGGUUCUCAAUCUUCCCUCAUCCCUUAAAGAAAUAGAAAUUGCUGGUUGCUCCCAACUACAAAUCCUAUCAGGCGAGCUGGAUGCACUCAAAAAGCUAAGAGUUGGUAGGUGCCCAGAGUUGAGAUCAUUAGAAUCAUGCAUGAUCGAGAUCCCAGCAUUGGAAGAGCUCUUUCUGUCAUCUUGCGAAAACCUGACAUCCUUGCCCAGUGGGACAGGAGAAUACUCAUCUCUCCGUGACCUAUCAGUUAACAACUGUCCAGGUAUAAAGUCACUUGUUUCAGACCUGCGGGAGCGGUAUGGAAGUUACCACCUCAAUCUACUAGAUGCCAUUUUGGAAGGACGCUCUCCAUCGCUGCUUGGGCGUCUCUGCUCCUAGCUUCCUCCUCCUACGGGGCUUCUGUGUGAAGACCACACGCCCUGUAGUAGGUCUUGGACAUGUCGGACAUGGCGCAGGCACUCUUCAUGGUAUCAGCCAGUACAUGCCUAGCUUCAUUCGUGUGAAUCUCCUGAGCAAAGGAUGGCAAAGAGUGAUGUGGUGGUGAUACUAA